AUGGAUUCUCUGCACAUCAUUCUGCCUUUGCUCUGGGGAGCAGUUUCCUGCAGUUUUGAUUGGACUUCUGCAUCAGUGUCUGAGGUGACAGUCAGACAUGGAGACAACAUCACUCUCUAUUGUGACUGCAGAAUAACACACGGAGGACCGAUUGUGUGGUUCAGAAACUGUUUCCACGAGAACCACCCUGUUCUUGUUCUAAAUGCAACUGAUUACAAGCGAAACUGGGAAAAAACUCAGUUUAGAUUCCCAAAGAACAUUUCCUCUGAUUCUUACGACCUGACGAUCAUCAAUGUCACCUAUUCUGAUGAAGGUUUCUACUACUGUGGAACCAGAGAAAUGAAGCUGGAAGACAAAGAACACAUUGGUGUGAAGAUCUGGUUUAAAUACAGCAACAUCAUAAGAAAAAUCUCCAUCUCUUACAACAGACGUCAUGCCAGUACCAGUACCAGUACCAGUCAGGAGAACUUCACCGUGUGCUGGACGCUGCUCUUCUCUGUGUGUCCGGCUCUUUCUGUUCUCUCCGCAUUCCUCUCAGUUCUGGUUUACAGGAUUUGUAAGAAAACAGCAAAAUCUUCUCAAAAUGCAGAUAAGAAACAAAACACAAGAGAUCUGAUGAGACAGACCCAACCACAGGAUGAGGAUGUGAACUACGCUGCCCUGGAAGUCCAACAUUCAUCACUGAAACCACAGAGGAAGAGGACAACUCAGACUUCUGAUUUUGGCAUAUAUUCUGCUGUCAAUACAUCUCCGCUGUAGAAUGUUUCCACUGAUGAGUCAAAAGCUAUGAUAAGAAGACAAACACAAAUCUUUCACACAGAUAACAUUUCUCUAGGUAUUUUUGCUAUCCCUAUUUUUGCAUCCUUUGAUUGCUAAUUGUUCAUGUUUUCAACCCCAAAUCUUUCAUUACUGUUCUCAAAUUUAAAUCAGAAUUUUUGAACCAAAUGUUGCAGUUCCCUUACAUGGCCUGUAGUGGGAAGUAAUUUCCUACUGUUUCUGCAUAAUUAGUUGGAAAUUUCACCCAAGAUAAACUGGUUUUAAAUGUUUCUGGUGUUUAUUGGUUUAUUUUCUAUUUUCAGAGCUGCUGAGGUGCAUGAUUUUGUAUACAUGUAUACAAGUUAUUGAUAAACCUGAACUCUGUCGUUUUGGAUGGAGGAGUUGGGAAUAUAAGCAUGUUUUGAGAAGUAGAAUGAUUGCAAACUGUUCUCUGAUUUGGUUAGAUAAAUAGCAUCGACUCAUCAAAUCGUUCUGAUAGCCAUUACUUACCACACAACUCAAGAUGACAACUUCUGUUUUCAUCUUAUAAUCAGUCUUUAAUUGAUUUUGUUCCAUCUUUUUAAAAUUAAAAAAUAAAAUACUUUACUUGGUUUUCCAGUAACAGUAUCAAUUACAGGAAAAUUUAGAGGAGGGAGACGUAAAGCAACGUGAUCUUCUUCUUCUUUGCCUUUUGACUUUUCCCUUCAGGGGUCGCCACAGCGAAUCAGUUUCCUCCAUCUGUUUUCGGCAUCCUCCACUCUAACACCAGCCACCUUCAUGUCUUCAUUCACUGCAUCCAUAAACCUCCUCUGCAUGAAGCAAUGUUGACACUCUGUUUUAUUUAAAUAAAAUGAAUUUGGUUCACCAGUGACAAAUCUGCUUUAUGUGUACAGUGUUACAUUUGGCAAAUGUUUUAAGAAAGAACAACUAAGUAAAUAAGUUUUGUUUCUGAAUGACUGCCAAUAAAAUCUUCUGUGUUCCCUCAGUGUUUGUACUGUAAAUGGAUUUAA